AUGCCCCGCACGCCCAUCUGCUUCGCGGUUUGCGUGGGCGGCUGCAGAAAGGAAGGAAAGGGAGACAAGUUUCCUGCCACGACCUUCCUCAUUUUUGGAUCUAAGUCAUUGCCCUUUCUUUGCAGCAUGAUUUAAUGCACAAGCACGCUGUAAACGCAACAGUUACUUUGCGGGAUGUAAGAUCCAGGAUUAACCUAGUCCAGCCUCCAGUUUCCAACGGUGGGCAGCCCCAAUGCCUGCGAGCUCAUAAGCGAGACAGGAUAGCGCUGUCUUUCCGCCAAGGCUGGCUCAAUACGUUUUGCAGCCUGAGAUGAAGGACAAGUUGGUGCCUUGCUUCACACGCAGAACCUUACUGGAAUGGCACUGAGGACAGGACAGAACCUUUCAUUUCACCUGAGAAAAGAGGCUUGUUCAGGGAGCUCAGGACAGGCUUUGUGGCAUCCACAUUUCUGGAAGCGCAGGCGGAAUGGCCGGGUGCUGCCGCCUAACACUUGCCACCUGAAGUGAUUGCCCCACCUCUGCCUAGUGGCAGGUCAGCAGUGCAACUCACCUAGCCAAAGUGGCAAAGUUUUUGGGGGCCCCUGCAAGGUAGAGCAAUACAAGCCCCUGUUGGGAAGUGGUGAGGUUUGAAGAAGAGCAGUGUAGGCACCGCUGUAUCCGCAGCUCCAUCACUCACCCAUGCUACCUAGGGCAGAAAGUGGGGGGCAAACGAAAACCUUUCGGGAUUUUCCACACCCACCCAUACAUUUGGUGGGCAGAAAAGGGAACUCCAUUGGUAGAGGGCAGCAGAGCUGUUUGAGACUCAAUGAAGUGAAUCCUCUGCCUCAUCUGCCACCUUACUGUGAAUUAAGGAUUUUUAAAAAUCUUUUUAUAUAUUUUUAUUAUAUUUAAAGCUAAGAAGGUGGUUUCAGAAAUUACUGAGACUCAGCACUGAUCAAUUGGUCAGUCAAGUCCUCAUUUGGCUGACAAUACUUGAGAGUAACUUCCAUUUUUUGUUUGAAAGAGCAAUUAUUGUUCAAAUGACGCUUUGAGGUGGAAUUCAUUCACAUACCAUCAAAUGUAGGUUGUGCUAUUGGAGCUCUUCCACAACAAACCCAUGUCCCCUAAAUUUGGCUUUUUGCAAUAAAGUGUAGGAUAAUAACUCUUGCUUGAACUAACCUCCACACAAACAAAUAAGAAAGAAUGCUCAAUAAAUAGCUGCCAUCUAAUAUCCCUGCAAACAAAUCAAAAUGAAUACUGAAGAAACAGGUUGUCCGGGAGCAACCACAGUGUAAAUGUUAAAUCCCACAUGUGAACUGCACCUGAUGGUUGCAUUUCUGUUUUACAUAUUCAUAGGCUUCCUCAAGCUGGUUGGCUGCUGUUGGCCUUCUUCACAGCCCUGUGACUGGUGCUGCAGUUAGAGGGAUCUUUAAUGACAGCACCAGUGAUUCAGUGCCCUCUUUCUCAGUAAAGGGGUCUGCAGAUGAUGUAAAAGUACAGAAUAGCAUUCCAUAUACCUUUGCCAGCCAAGGUAAGUGGUCAAUGCUACACAAUCUCCGUGUGGAGGUUUAACUUUGCAGAUUUUAGUUAGAAAGACUAGAAGCAACUUGUUUUUAAAAUAUCUCUGACAAUACCUUUUUAUCAUGCUUUUUCUUUUAGAAUCUCCUUUAAAAUUCUUUCCACUUGCAGUUUGAGGGUAUGAAAAAGCAACUUUUAUUAUUUGGGUAGUGUCUGAUUGCUGAGAAGGAUUUAAGAAGUGUCAAUACUCUGACUAUUUGCAGAGAUCUUAAGAAAGUUUGAUGAAGUACCCAGACAUUUGGUGCAUGUCUCAGAUAAAUUUGGGUCUGAAUUCAGGACUGAGUCAUGAUGAAUUUGUCAGGAUUCCUCUUGAGAAAACUUUUUGAGAAAGGUUGUUUUGGAAAGGGCAUCAGAUUCUUUCAAUAUCUUGAGAUAAUGUCUUACUGUUCAAUGUCUUCUGUAUGCAGUGAGAGGUUUGGCUGUUUGGUAAAGUACCUUUGGCAGCUGAUGGAAAUAGUUUCUCACAGUACUGUAGCUGUGUUUUUACAUUCUUUCUUUAGAGAUUUCUGGAGGAGACUAUAAGGGUGCAGAUAGUAACUCUAGCUGUAACAUGGUCAUGACUGGUGAGCAUGCUUGCAUUGGCACAAAUGUGGGGCUUCAAUCCAUAAAAGACCUACCCUGAUGAACAUCUGACUCCUGUAAUUCAGUCAACAUUGGCAUAUUCACUGCAGCCAAAAUAGGCACAGAAGGUGCAAAAGAGUGCCAGAAAGAAUGCCGUGAUUAGAUAGGAGGGUAGAUUUCAGUUAAAUGUUCAGAAAUUCUUACUCAUUAUAAGAACAGUUUAGCAGUGUUAUAGGCUAAUGGGAAUGUUGUAGGAUCUCUUGGGGGAUGCUUCUUAGAAUAUAUGAUAUACUACUUUGGGCUGGGUGUUGAAUUUUCCAACUCUUCCAGCUCUAUUGUUUGUUUUCUCUAGACAGACUGUAGUAUUUGAACAGAGAUAGAAGAUGAAUAAAGGAAAGAAUCAUUUCCGUACAUAUGGAAGGCUUAUGAUUUUUAUAAAAUACUAGAUAGUAUAUAUUCUCUUCCUUUCUUUUGCCGCUCCAGAUUUCUGGCCUUCAAAAGUGUUUUUUAAAAAAGAAAAGUCAUCACCUAUUGUGUCGCAUUCAUAAGUUGUGCCUGUAUUACAAUCUCCUUACCCAAAUAACUCCUACUAUUUUGUUGGAUACUAACCCUGCAUCUUAAAGGAGAAAUAGAUAUGAAUGGGAAUCCUAUUGCUGAUCAUUGUGAUUACAGACCUACUUCUGGACAUGCUGGUGGACAAAAAGGAGACACUUGUGUUGAAAGAGACUGUUUCUUUUCCCCUGCUUCUUACUAUGCAUCCAUAAUAUCACAUCUCCUCAGCCAGCCAGAACCUAACGGUGAGCUAGAUCCUAGCUUUCUUCUCCCUUCCUCACAGAAAACUGAACUGCUGUUCCAAAGUGCUGGGAAUGGCACAUGUUCCAGGGAAGCCUCCUCCCCGAGUCCUGACUGUGGCUUGAUUAACUCUAGUCAGUUCCAUAAUGAACACCUGCAAGCUAAGAGGGCCAGGGUGGAAAAUAUUAUCCGGGGAAUGAGCCUGACACCAAACCCUAUAGUGCCUGGUAUCCAAGUGGAAGGAGAUCAAAACCAUUUAGAGAAAGUAAAGGGGAGCUAUAGAGAGAACAAGAGAAAGCAGAGAGUUCCUCAGCAGCAAAGUCUGCACGAUAUUUCUCUGGCAAGAGCUGGCCAAAAUGGUAUUCAAGUGGAAGAAUACCUCCAGCUGAAAAAACAGCUCCACAUUUUGCAGCAGCAGCUGAAGCAACUACAAGAGAGGUUUGCUCAGCCUCAUGAACUGAAUGAUUCCAGUCCAAGCCAAGGAAGUAUGGAGAAGACUUUGGGUUUGCUGAAGGAAAAGUUUGGACAAAGCUUGGAUAGCGGUAGUCAAGGUGUUUCAAGUGGCUAUCGCAGAGAUCGUUUUUGUAGAAGCAUCCCCAAGACGAGAGGAUCUGAAUGGUCAGAGAAAGGAACAAGAACAUCAGAUUCGCAUAGUCUGACUUCAGAAGACAGAGCUCUUUCAGAGAUAUUGAAACGUGAGUUAAUACAGGUGGUGACACAGGCUGUGGACUCUGUCUUGAAGCAAGUAUUGCCUGAAUCCCCAGACCCUCAGCCCCAUCUGCCAAGUAGUCCCACAGUAACAGCCUCCUCUACUGGGAGAGAAUUUACAGGUGCUGCAGCAAGUGCAUCCAGCAAAUGGCUUCCUAAGAUUUCUUCCCAUAAAAGCACCAUUUCAGUAGCCACAGAAAAACCUCCUGCUUUUCCUUCCUAUCCCAUCCGCUCAAAAAUGGAGAGAAAACCCUGCCAAGUACCACCCGUGAAUUAUCCCUUGGUUAUGACCUCUGAAGUUCAAGGAAACAGUAUUUUUAGCCAAAUGCUGCUAUGUGGUCAGAAUAGCCCUUGGGGCAGCCUGUCUCCAAAAAUGGUCCCUUCUCCAGAAUGCUUAGAUAGGCCAUGGCGACCAAUCAAACUGAAGUCAUCUGUCAUGAGACACCAGCGAUGUCCAACACCCUAUAAAUCUGCUGAAAUUGAAAGUUUGGCCUCUCUUCCAGCUUCAAAUUCAGAGUUGGCUGAAAUGCAAGCUUUGAUGGAUGGAAUGUACUUCCCUUCAAUACAUAUAUCCUUCCUGUAUCAUCAGCAUCUUGCAUCAGCUGUGAGUGGCUGUUAGUAGUAGGCAAAUCUGUUCAUUACAGCUUCUCCCAGUUUCUAACUAUUUUUUCAGUUUCCAUUGGUGUUUUUUUUAUUAUCCUCAGGAAAAUUCACCAGCCUUCCAGUGCAUAUUACGUCUAACUAUAAUGCACUUUUUUUGUUUCCCCCCACUAAUACUGGCACCAUCCUUACUGAGAUUCAGACAUCCAGUCAAAAGCACAGUAUUUUAUUUCAGCAUCAGGGGCAUUGCUGCAGGGGGGAAUGGGUUAUGCACUCAUCACCCCACUCCAAAAUACAUUCUCCAAAAACAGUUUCUAACCAAGUGACCCCAAUGGGAUUUUUGUUUUACACACACUUGGCUGUAGCAUUUCACAUCACAUUGAGCUAGCAUAUUUGAACAGCAAAUAACAUAUUUUGACAUUCUGUAACCAGAAUCUUACAGGUUUCCCUCAUUACAUGAAGAAGCAGGACAACUCCACUACUUUAUGUUCUGGAUAAAUUUAUAGAACUUAAUAAGAAGUAAGUAAAAGUUUAUCUCAUUCAUCAAAUGGCUCUGCCCUUGCAGGAAUGGAGCAACAGAAACAUUAACACAUGAGGGUUUUUGUAUGUAACUUUUAUAGAGGUGACCAGAAUAAAUUAUUUACUCCCACCCUGCUAAAAUACCCAGGAAGGAUCUAGUUAUUGGCUGACACAAACAAAAUAAUAGCAAAAAUAGUUACUAGAUUUCUCUUUUCUGCUGCAAAGACCCAUAAAGAGAUUUUGUUAACUUCAUUGUAUCUUGGUUUGUUAAUGUCCUUAGUUUAUAUGUAAGUACUGUACCAUAUAUUUCAACUUGGUUUUUUAAUCUCUUAGCAACAGCAAUGUAACAAUAGUCUAGGCUAAAAAACAGGCUUUGCAGCUCAUCUAGCUCUGCCUAGUUCUCCUUAGUAAAGGCACUGUCUCUCUUAAACAUUCUCUGUCAGAUUAGCCCAUAAAAGCCUGACCUCAGCAUCUGAACUAUUCAAGAUUCAACAUUGUGUUAAGGGCUCUCAUCAUGCCCAAACAUUUAGAGAGCUAUCACACCUUUAAGAGCUGUGCAGAAGGAAAAAUUAUCUCAGGUGAAGCUUCCCUCACCACUGCAAGUAAAGACACACCUAAACAAAUUCUGCCUUCCUUUUAGGAUUGGUUCUUUUAGGAUCUGGAUCUGGGAAGCUUAACUGCACUACAUGUGCCUAUGGAACAAGAGAGAUUUCCAGAAAAAUAAAUGCAAGUCAAACAAGUGACUGGUACAAUGCAGGAUCUCACACUAGGUCAGAUACUACUCCUGAUGAAUAACUCCUGACCUAGGGUGAGAUCCUGCAUUGUAAUAGCUUUGAUCAUUGAGAAAACUAACAUGGACGAUAGAACCUGCACUCAGUAACGUGACUGCUCAGCUUCCUCCCCUUCCUCUUGCUGUGACAAGUUGAUUCCUGCACGCUACAAUUGAUAGACAUGGAAUCACUGCUAUAUAAUGACAACAAGAAACACCAUUUGCCAGCAAAAGCUCUGCAUCAGGAGUUGGCCGCCCUUAAACAUUGUUCAGCAAUUGUUCAGCAAGGUAGAGUGUUACACAGACCCAACUAAUGUUAGCUAGGGGGACUGGGAACAGCAAGCAACUUUUUCCUUGACUCCGAAUUACAUCCAGGAAGCUUUAACCCCUGGCCAUCUGAAAAAGGCUAAGCUGAUGUUCUUCUUCUCUCGCUACCCCACAUCUUCUCUGCUGAAAACCUACUUCCUAGACGUCCAGGUAAAAGUAUUUGGCUUAUUGUAUUCCAAAGUUAAUGUAAAAAUGUGCAGAUGUUGAUUUAUUACAGGUUUUGUUCCAAGAAACUGAAAGAGGAAGAAAGGUAUUGCAAGAAAGAAGUACCAGCUAGCAAAUGUGCAUACCAGUAUGUACAAAAUAAUUGUAAUUGAGGGGUGGGUGAGGGGUUGUUGUUUGUUUGUUGUUUUAUUAUGUAUUUGUGUUUUUAUAUUGUAGUUUUAUGUUGUGAAGCAGCCCGAGAUCUACGGAUGAAGGGCUGUAUACAAAUUUAAUACUUACAAAAUAAAUAAUAAUUUUAGACUGUACCACUCCUGCCUGUCUGCCUAGUCCCCAGCCUCUCAUUUGGAUAAAAUGUUUCAUUCUGGGGUAUGCUUGUUUAUUGGUGAGCUAUAUUAGGUUUGAUUUUGAUGGAGAAAGGUGGAAUGUAAAUAAUUAAAAUAAUACAUUGGAUUGGAUCAGUACAUCCUCCGUAAGGUUGUGGGUGUCAGGUUGGAAUCAGUGCAUACCACAAAACAGUUCAGAAUUUCCCUGACUUUUCUCAUGAGUGAAGCACAAGGCCUCUUUGGAGAUCAGUGGUGGAGCGUUGGUGGUCCCUAGUGACAGUUUACAGAGCAGCAGUAUUAUUAUGCUUAUUCACAAUGGAUGGCAGGGGGAGGGGAGGAAUGGAUGGCCCAUUGGUGCUAUAGACUUAUAGAGGCAUUGUUUUCCACAAGAAGUUGAAGAAGGAAUUAAAAUAGAGGUUUGACCUGGUUUUUGAUAUAAUGCAUAUAUUCCCAGUAAAAACCUGGCAGUGUUUAUCUUUGUGGGCAAGACCUACUAAUAGGUUUGCUUGAAAGUAUGUCUUGAUUAGCAAAGGACAUAUUUUUCCCUGCAAUUAUUCUUUUAGUUCAGUGGUGGUUAACAUAGGUCUCUCCAGGUAUUGUUGAACUCCACCCUCAGCCAGCAUGUCAGGGAUGGUGGGAGAUGUAGUGUAGAAAAAUCUAGAGGAUCACAUCAGCCACACAAUCUGUCUGUUGCCCCCUUGCCCUAUUGAAAGUGACUUCUGCUCCAAAAUAAAGGGGCAAGGUGGAACCUGCUAAUUAAGAAGACAAGCUGUCUGCAUCGGGGGAGUCAUAUGCCCAUGACUCACUGUUUCUGCUCAUGUCUUCAUGCUCCUUCACCAUGGGUGUUUUCAAUGUUAUGCCUCCAAAAUCUGUCUCAAUAUUUCCCAUCCACACAGGUGGGAGGUGCUUGUUAGGAUGUACAUAUCCAAGAAUACCAUGUUACAUGCUCUUUCCAUAGUUCACCCGCUGCAUCACCUCCCAGCUCAUCAAGUGGUUUAGCAACUUCCGUGAAUUUUAUUACAUCCAGAUGGAAAAGUUUGCCAGGCAAGCCGUCUUGGAGGACCUCACAGAUCCCAGUGACCUCAUUGUUACCAGGGACUCUGAGCUCUUCCGGAUCCUCAAUGUGCACUACAACAAAGGGAAUGAUUUUGAGGUGAGGUUACACUUGCUACAUAGUUUUAUUUUGCCUCUUGUGGCAUUUUUCUGAGAAAAUGCCCUUUUUACCAGAACUAGAUAACUCCCUAAAACAUAAGGACAUAAACAGUGAAACAGAACACUUUAGGCUGUGCAGAAAUGUAGUCUUUUAAGCACACUGGUGUUGGUUUCCCCCCACAAUAUGCUUUUGUACAUUGCAGGUGGUAAUUGUACAUGCCUUCGUACAAUCAUGUCAUCUAAAGCGGCAGCAUGUACAUCUGUCUGUACACACAGAUCAACAUGUUUUUUCCAAACUAGUGCACAGCAAUGUUCUUUAUUCCCCUCUCCUCAAUUAGUGUUUUAAUAUAAUUAAGCAAGCAAGGAAACUUUUUCUGCAGGAUAUUCAGGACAUUCACUUUGAUGAAGAUCAGUCCACCCUAAGCACAUGUCAAAUUGACCAGUGGCUGCUUCAUAGUCCUAACUUUCUUCUUCUCUGUCUGUAGGUUCCUGAUGGUUUCCUGGAUGUUGCUAGUCUGACCCUUCAGGAGUUCUUUAGUGCUGUCAGGGCAGGGAAGGACUCGGACCCGUCCUGGAAAAAGCCGAUUUACAAAAUAAUUUCUAAACUAGAUAGUGAAAUACCAGAUGCAUUUAAAUCCUCCACUUGCCCCAAAGAGCUGAACCAAGGUUAA